AUGGACGCAAGUGUUGACUCAACUUCUUGUACAUCAGACACAACCGGAACGUUGAUUAUAAAUUUGUUUUCAGACGAAAUCAAUAAACAAGAUGUUAAUGGACUACUUCAUGCUCAAAAUUUAUUACUUGAACAAUUGGAUAAAACAAAUGAAAAAUUAGAUGGAAUUAAUAAAUUAUCAGCUGAACGUUAUUUAGAUGCAACAAAAGAAUUUGCAAAUCAUACACAAAUGUUAGCAAGUAUGAAAAGAGAUCUAGAUUUAAUUUUUAAACGAAUCAAAUUACUUAAAAUGCGAUUGAAUAAAAAAUAUCCGGAGUCUUAUGCGUCUGUCAGUGAAUUAAAUACAAAAUAUGAUGGAUCUUUUGAUAACGAAGAAGAUGAUGGUUUAGCUUCAGCAAUAAAACCUAUUAAUAGCUCAUCUCUUGUUAAAUCAAAAACAGUUGACUGUUCUGAAUUAUCAUCAUCAAUGCGUGAAACGCAUACUUUAUCUCAAAUAAAUGACAAUACUGCCGAACAAUCACCGAGUUCAUUUGAUGCUGUACGACGAUUUGUCUUUAAUAAAUCAUCAGCUGGACAAGAUCUGACAACAUUAUUUAAAAAUGCUCGUAACGAAUUACGGAAAAUUAAUGAAGGUUUUCUUGGUGGCAAUAACCAAAAACAAUCGACAUCACAUGAAGAAUAG